AGGAAUACGACUCAAUGGCAAAUCAGUCGCGUUCUCAUUUGUGAUUACGAAAAAUACACGGAUUGAACGAGCUGUAACUACGGUAUAAAAGGAUAAUGCGAUGGUUCGGAAAAUGUAUUCUUAUAUUGUCUCCGUCCUAGGAUGUUGAACGAAGAACGACUAACGACGAUAUUCUUCAGCGCUUGUUAUUACCCUAGCUCCUUUCCUCUCGUUCCUCCCACUGAUCCACGCCCCUAGCAAAUGAAUCAUGAACAGUCAACGUCAACGCGGCGAACAGCAUAGCGGCAAGUCUCAGUUUGUCCAUAGUGGAUCCUAGAGGAGUGAAGAGUCGUAUUUUUUGUGUUACAACACAGAUGGACUGUUUCGACGCAAAUAUGCCGUAUUAGUGUAUGGAUAUCAGACACGAUGAGCUUCUCCAGUGAUGAAGUCAACUUUUUGGUCUAUCGAUACCUGCAAGAAUCCGGUUUUCAACAUUCUGCAUACACAUUUGGCAUAGAAUCCCACAUAUCGCAAAGUAAUAUUAAUGGAGCCUUAGUGCCACCUGCAGCACUUCUCUCUAUACUACAGAAAGGACUACAAUAUACAGAAGCAGAGAUAUCGAUAGGUGAAGAUGGUACAGAGCAAAGAAUGGUGGAGUCCUUGUCACUCAUCGAUGCAGUUAUGCCAGAUGUUGUUGCUACAAGGCAGAAUCAAAUCAAUCAGCAGAAACAGCAAAAAACAGAUAUUCAAGAUACAAAUGGCGAGGAAGUUGUCACGUCCAACGAGGGCGUUAGCAGUAAUGACCGAGGAGGUGAUAGAACGGAGAUGGAGGUGGACGAACAGCAACCAGGAACAGGCGCGGGUUCGAACGUGAGCGCAGUUGAAAUCCCCGCGAGCAAAGCCACAAAAUUGCGAGGACACGAAUCAGAAGUUUUCAUAUGCGCUUGGAACCCAACAACCGAUCUGUUAGCUUCCGGUUCAGGUGACAGCACCGCUCGUAUCUGGGACAUGUCGGACAAUUCGCAGGCUCCUAAUCAACUUGUUCUACGUCAUUGUAUUCAAAAAGGCGGAACGGAAGUUCCAAGCAACAAGGACGUAACGUCGUUAGAUUGGAAGUGUGACGGCACUUUACUGGCAACAGGAAGUUAUGAUGGUUACGCGAGAAUAUGGACUACUGACGGUAGGUUAGCAUCUACUUUAGGUCAACACAAAGGUCCAAUUUUCGCGUUGAAGUGGAAUAAACGCGGUAAUUACAUAUUGAGCGCUGGUGUGGACAAAACGACCAUUAUCUGGGACGCUGAGAGUGGACAGUGUACGCAGCAGUUUAGUUUCCAUUGUGCGCCAGCGUUAGAUGUGGACUGGCAGACGAACACGUCGUUUGCCAGUUGUUCAACGGACCAGUGUAUACACGUGUGCAAACUCAACGUCGAUAAACCCAUCAAGAGCUUCCAAGGACAUACAAAUGAAGUCAACGCGAUCAAGUGGGAUCCCCAAGGCAAUCUGUUGGCAAGUUGCUCAGAUGACAUGAGCUUGAAAAUUUGGUCUAUGAAGCAGGACUCUUGGGUGCAUGAUCUGCAGGCGCACAGCAAGGAAAUUUAUACAAUCAAGUGGUCGCCAACAGGUCCGGGUACGCAUAACCCGAAUAUGAACUUGACGUUGGCUAGCGCAUCGUUUGAUUCUACAGUCAGAUUAUGGGAUGUGGAACGAGGUGUUUGUAUACACACAUUGACAAAACACACUGAACCUGUGUACAGUGUAGCUUUUAGCCCUGAUGGAAAGUUUCUUGCUAGUGGUAGUUUUGACAAAUGUGUACACAUAUGGUCAACACAGAGUGGUCAAUUGGUACACAGCUACAAAGGCACAGGCGGCAUCUUUGAAGUUUGUUGGAAUAGUCGUGGUGAUAAAGUCGGUGCAUCCGCCUCUGACGGGAGUGUAUUUGUUCUUGAUCUUCGUAAACUAUGAUUGCGUUCAUAUAGUGAAGUAUGUAUUUGGUUUAUAUGGCGAUAUUACGAUUUUAAGUUACCCGAGUUUGCAUCAACGGCUCGAUGUUUCGUCACGCCCUUUUUGUCUUCGUUCUAGUACAUUAUACAGGAUAAUUCGCGUGUAAAGCGACGGAUGGAUUCUUUGUUUCGGUUUAGAACGUUAGUCAUUAUGAAAAUAAAAAUAUUGACAAAUCGUAAAUAAUUAUGUCAUAUGAUGACGCACGAUUGAAUUUAUAAAAUUUGCACGUAUCACAUGUUUUAUUCGUAAUUAAGUUUUAGGUACGAACAUAUAUAUGACAUUUACCUUAUUUUGUAUCCAAUCUGCGUUAGAUGUCGUUUUAAUGUAGUCUUUAUUACACGUGAAUUUAUAUUAAGUUGCAAUGAAGAUUUAAUUAUAUGCGCUUAAUUAUCGGAAUAUUUAUCUGUAAGCAACUCUAAAAUUCAACAAAGAAUCUAUCUUUGAAGUAUUAUCCGGCGAUUUUAACUCAUCCUGUAUAUUCAUUUAAGUUUUUUUUUUACUCUCGGUAUUCAGUACUUCAAUUUUUGCUCGUACAUACUUUCAUCAAUUAAUAGUUAUUUAUGCAUGAACUUUAUAGCAUUAAUAAGUUCGCAAAAGUUCUUGACAAGACUUGUAUCUAAUGACGAACAAUUUUAGUUUUACAAGUGAUUAUUUGUGGAUCAUUCCCUUAAUAUUUCUUCUAAAGCUCCUGGCAUCUCGCUGUAGCCGUAUGAUCUAGUAGAUCAUAACGUCAAAAAUGAGAAAUUACUAGUGAUUUAUUAUAUUAUAGUAUAAGCUAUUCCGUUUUUCUCUUUCUCUUCCUCGCUUUCUUUUUUUCUUUUAAAAUUAUUCGCGCAAAAUUUGUUUAUAUGUGCAUAAAAUUUGAAGUUUUUUCGACUCGUGGAUUAAUAAGAUAUAAAAUCCAUUUGCACUUUAAAAAAGUACGCAUAAAUUGAAUUACAUGUCCACUUAUUAAAGGAACAAAAUUAAAGAAAAAGUGUUCAGUGUGCAUCACUGAUAUUAUUGAACAGAAGCUUAACCUAUAUGUAAUAAAAACUUAUAUCGGUGUAUAAAAAUAAGGGCUACGUUCAGCAAAAAAAGCUGCUUUGCAUUGUCGUAAAAUUCAUGAAUCUAAUUGGUGCAUCCUUUUGGACUCAGUCAAAUUUAAAACCAUUUAAAUUCAUAAUAACGUCAAUUAGAUUCAUGAAUAUUACAAUUGUAACACAUUUUUGUGCUGAAUGCAAUCAGUGAAAUGCAGUUGAUAUAAUAUCUUACUUUUGACGUAAUUUAACGUGUCUAUAAUAGAAGCGCCAGGAACUCUGAGAGAAAUUCACAAAGAGAAAUGUAUAUUAAUAUUUUUUAGUCGUGAUACUCUGUACAGCGAAACAGUUUGAGAAACUUUAUAUUUACAGAAAACCAUAUUAUUAUUUCCAUCCAUAGCAAGUGGGUGGAAUAUAUGUUGUAAUUGUAAUAGUAUCAUUAAGAGUAUAAACAUCGACAAUGAAUAAAAAAUAAACUU